AUGAAUUAAGAGAAAGAUUGCUCUUAUAUGUAAUAGGUUAAAUUUGAUUUGCGCCGUCGAAGAAUGCACAUAGUGCCUUCAGUGUUAAAUUGUGAAGUACAGAAACGCAGAAAUUCUUUCUCUCUGAGUUCUGAUGCUUGUAAGAGUCCCUAGAGGAAAGCAACUAAAUACUUCGAAAAUCAAAAUCCAGGUUAGAACGCGUAUUUCUGGAGUUUGAUAAAAUCAAAGCGAAAUGAGAAUGAGUAGUUUGUACAAGUGCUCAAAUCCAUGUGUCCGAUAUAGGUGAAUGAGGUUGAGGCAAGAUUGUAAUUUUUACUAAGAAACUUUGGUUAUGAGGAUGAGAAGUCUAUGUUGGAGAUCGUAGAGAAUAUACAGUAGGGUUAGAGAUGUCAAUAAUGGACUUAGGAAGAAUCACGCAUCUUGAUUUGGGCUAUUUGUAAGUUGGGAGUGCAACACAAUUAGUGGAAGGAGUUAGGCAAUUUAUUGAAUCGUUCAGUUAAGGAGUUGAAAACUCAUUGGACUGAAUUAAUCCACCAUACACAGAGAGGGCUGCUAUGGACAGCAUAGGAGGAUUAGACUCUAUAAAACAUGAUAAUAACAUAUUUGAAUAAUUCAUAGACCAUCAAUUGGAAGUGUAUGGCCAAUGUUCUAAACAAGUCUGAUAAGCAAUGUUAAGAUCGUUGGUACAAUACUCUGGAUCCGUCAAUAUCAAAGGAGGCUUUUAAAAUUGAAGAUGAUUUAUAAUUGUUAUAGUUGGUGUAGAAGUAUGGGAAGCGAUGGAAGAGAGUGUAGAGAGAGUGGUCAUUGAAUAGAAAGAGAUCUCGUUAUGACUUGAAAAAGAGGUUUUAUGAAUUAUUAAAUUAACCAGAUUCAGGUUAUGAUAGUGAUACAUCUUCGAAUUCUUCUUCGAAAUAUAGGAAAUUGAAUUAAGAUGAUAUAGAUAAAAUUUAGAAGUUGAUUUCAGAGAUGCAAAUUAGUGAAGGAAUGCAAUUAGAAAAUAAGUUGGGGAAGGACAAGUUAUUGAAGAACAAACUGUUGAGCAUUGCCAAGAGUGAUCUUGAUAAGAUGUUGAAUUAAUAGAGAAAAAUAAAGAUUUAAUCAGCCAGUACACCAACUGAUGAAUAGAAAAAUGAUAUUCAAGAAGAGCCUGAUGAAGUCAUAAUGAACACUCCUUCGAUAAUGAACUCACUAUCGAGAUGUCUAUUAAAGAUCAAUUUGGAAACUGAGGAUGAUCAAUUGUCAAUUGAUAAAUUGGCAGUUCCAAAGGUUCAAUAUAAUGUCGAUUCAGUAGAACAUCUAAAACAUGAAGAUAUUUUUGACAUUCAAUUUGCAUUGGUUAAUGAUAAAACAAACACUCUAUAUUAUGCAAAUUUAGAAUUCAUGCAACAACUGAUAAAUCUGAUUACCAACCAAAGGAAGUUGAUGCAAUUGACUGAUAUGAAUAAAUAACCCCAGAAAACUAAGAAGAAGUUCAGCUCUUAAUAAUUGAUUCAAGUGUAUCCCAACAAAGUCGGGUUGUCACAAUUUAGUUAGGAUGAUACCAAAUAAUAAUGAUUAAUUAAUUUACCUAAUUGUCAACUCUAAUUUAUUUAUAAAUGGACUUUUAAUUGCCCAAGAGGUAUGGACUCAACAAACCUACUUUUAAAGUGAUGUACAGUAUAUCCUAAUAAGGGCUGGCUAACAUUUUGCCAAAUUUGAUUCCUCACUCAAACCCCUCAAAAAUCUGAACUCUUUCAUAGAUCUCUCUAAACCCAUUAAGGAACUCAAUUAUAUCGAACACAGAAAGGUUCGUCAGAUUAUGCAGCAUCUCAAAUUCCAAUCCCAGAGUCGCAGAUUCAUAAACCAUUAGGAUGAAUAGAUCGCUGUCAUCAGUCAGCAAUUAGAAAUGGAAUUGGAAAAUCUAGCAAAAGAGGAUUGUCCAACACCCCAAGUCGAUUUAGUCAAACUUAAAUUUCCAUCUCAAUUGCAAACCAAAUUUGUACAUGAAUCAGCAGCCACUCUUGAAACCCAUUACAAUUUGCAUAGAAUCAAAGAAAAGAUUAAUCAUCGUAACAUCACCUUAACAGAAAGUGAUCUACUCAACAAAAUUACUUAAAUCAACUUCUAAACUGCAAGGAAUAGUGACACCAAAGAAUUUUAUCAUAAUUUUAAUACUUCUCGUCCAAGAGGAAAAAAAGAACCGUAACUAAGUCUUGAUGAAAAAUACCAGAUUCUCAAAGGAUAUUUGAAAGAGAGAGGAAUAGAGAUGGGGAGGAAGGAAUCCAUACCUAAUGAAGGGUACUUGCAAUUCUACCAUGAAGCCACCAACAGAUUAAUGAAAUAAACUAAGGAACAGUAACUUUUAAAGUUUAGAAAGAGCAUAACGCUCAAGACUGCUCCUGAUAAUUAGGAUCACUCUCCUCAUAAAAAAAUGAGUAUCACCAAAAUAACAACAGUACCUACAACUGUAGGAACCACUCCUGCCUUAAAUGCUUUAACUCCAAGCAAUUUGACUAUGUUACAUUCAUCACUGCUUAAGUUGAAUUCCGGAAACAAUGGUUCUCCAAUUGUCUUAUCUCAUAGACAUCGAUCGGAAAAAGAGAAAUCCCCUGAAAAGCCCUAUUCUGAAAAAUGGCAGGAUUUCUAGAAUAAGGCUGAGGCAUUGCAAAGCUAUUACCUUCAUGAAGGGAAGGAGUUCCUGCAAACUUUGGAUGAUUUAGAAAAUACAAUUGAAAAACCAUAUUUGAGACACUUUAAUUAAAUUAUUAAGGUGGAGCAAGAGCAAGGAAACUUGGAAGAACAGCAAAAGCAAAACAAAAUCAUGCGAAAGAGAAAACAGAAUUUGCCCAAAAAAAUAAGAAUGCAAAAGAUCUUCAAAUCUGAAUUAUAGUGA